GCCGCGCUGCCGACGAGCUCCGACGGCAGGAGGAGGAGGACAAGGAGAUCGCCGCCAUCGCCAGGGAGCUGCUGGAGGACAUGGAGGAGCUCCAGGACGAGCUCCAGGACGACGAGGACGCCAACAACAACACCCUGGUGUGCGAGGACGGCGACUGCAACAACAACAACCAGCAGCAGGAGCUCCAAGGUGGCGCCACCUCUGGCCCGCCCCAGGGCCGCGCGGGCAGCCCGGAUCCCCUGGGGGCCCCGGGUCCCCUGGGCUCGCCCCUGGGCCCCAUGCCCGUCCGCAGCGCCGCCGGGCCCCUCGUGGGGCCUCCGCUGGGGGCGCCACCCCUCUUGGGGCCACCCCGCUUGGGGCGCCCGUCGCCCGCCAGUCGCCAGCCCGCCGACCACCAUGGCAGUGCAGGCGGUGCCCCCGUUCCGCCGAGCGGCUCCCGGCAGCCCCCCGACGGUGACGAGUUCCCGCCCCGCUACCACGACACCCUGCUGCUCGCCACGCACGCCCCGCACCCAGCGCUGGAAGGCAAGGGCGCGCUGUCGUCGGCGCCGCCGCUGCCGCUGACGGGCCCGCCCUUGGGGCCGCCCUUGGGUCCGCAGGGCUGGCGGAAGGACGAGCGGUCCGAGCGCAGCGUCCGGGACAAGAUCGCCAUGUUCACGACGGCGGCCUCGACCGCCACGUCGCCGCCCAUGCCGACCGGGGCCACCAUCACGCGCCGCCUGUCCAACAAGUUCAAGAGCACGGAGGACGUCUUCAACAUCCUCGGCGGCGACGUGGUGGACGGCGCGGUCGACGCCAAGGUCCGCUCGCGGUCCGUCGUGUCCGUGGACCGCGUCGGGAAGGCCUCGGCCGACGCGCCGCUGUCGUCGGCGUCCUCGUCCUCGUCGGCGUACUCGUCGUUCUGCUCGCCGGAGUCGUCGCUGUCGCCGACGCUCAACGCGGCGCCGUUCGAGUCCACGACGCUGCCCAGGAAGGCGACGAGCGCGCUAACGCGCGCCACCAGCUUCAGCGGGCAGCCCCGCGCGGCCCCCGCCCCCGCCGUGGCCACCAACGGCAACACCCCGAACGGCAGCACCACCAACGGCAGCAGCGCCAGCGCGGAGGAGGCCCGAAGGGCGUCGCUGGUGGCGCUGGUGGAGCAGCGACGCCGCAGCAUCUCCAAGCUGCGCGGCCUCGUGAUCCCCGACAAGGUCCCCGAGGCCUCGGCCGCCACGUCCAUCCUCGACCUGCCCGAGAUCCGCAGCAAGGACGCCAUCCUCAUCGCGUCCUCCGCCAGCAUCGAGCCCAGGUUCCACGACACCCGGCAGCAGCACCACCAGCAGCACCACCAGCACUCGAGCACCGCGUCGACGCCCCCCGCCGCCGUGCUGAGCAGCCCGCCCUGGAAGAGCCAGGGGGUGUCCAACCUGCCCAAGUACUCGCCCGCCUUCAAGCGGAAGAGCCUGACGGUGCGGGCCGCCUCGGCGACGGCCUCCUCGGUGCUGCCGUCCAAGCCCAGCCACGACCUGCUGAUCGGCACGGCCAGGCCCGACAGGGACAGGGAGGCGUCCAAGACGUCCUCGGCCUUCCUGUCGGACAGCGGCAGGUCCGCGGAGGAGGAGAGCGACAACGACUCUGCAGUCAGUUCGAGCAGGUCCAGCAUCUGCCACGGCUUCUCGCCGCCAGCCUCCCCGCUCUUGCCCUCCAGUGCGGUGGGCCCGCGGCCGUCCAGCACGGGGCCCUUCUUGAGGAGGACGCUGUCCUCGGACACCACGGUGUCGGCUGCCUCCACCACUCCGUCGCAGGCUAGCAGCAGUAGCAGCAGCAGUAGCAGCAACAGCAGUGGCAGAAGCAGGAGCAGCAGCAAUGGCUUUUCUCUUGACAACAACAAGAGAGUCCUGAAGGCGCAAAGUGUAGACGCAAUCAACCGUAAAAAUGUGCUCUUCUCAGCUCGUUGUCGCAGUGGUCGAAACCUCCGAAUCGGCUCACCCCUCAUGCAGCUUGACACUGAGAAUGGAGAUGACAAUGACGACGCCUCAAAUCAACAGGCUUGCCAGGCUCCCAUUAUGAGAAGGGAUCCACGAGAAGAAAUUAAAGAACUUGAAAGAAUGGUGAGCAUGGCUGACACUGAUGUGGAAUCUAAUGACGCACUGAGCUGUGAUGACAGUGUCAACAGUUCAGACGACACCCUUGAGCCCAGUCGCUCUGGCAGGAUUCAUUACCGACCAGCUACAUUGCGAGACCUCCCUGCUGCUGAUGUGAAGGUGGCUUUCCUGAACGAUACACAGAAUAUUGGUAUCGAGUUAGACCUUCAUCCUGUCAGCCCUGUGCCAGUCAAGCAAGGUGCACGCAUGGACAUUUCUUCUCUGUCCUGCUCCCGUCAAGACAACGAUGUGUCUCUGCUCUCCACAGUGUGUGAUGACAACAGAAAACAAAGUCAACCAAUUGCACUGCCAAAGCCACUGUCUAGGAUGGGCAGCGUAGAUGGUCUUUUGAACGGCAACGACACAGUAGACAAUAGGUCACGGGUCUCAUCUUCAGAAAGUGUACCUAGACUUCGUAACUUGAAGAAGCGAAAUGCUUCAGACCCCUUAUUCUUGGAGAGAAAUGGGACGUCUUCCCAUAGCCCCACACCUUUGCAUGCUGUCAGCGUUAAUGAUAUCCGGAAAGCGUUUGAAAAGGCAGAAUUAGCAUUGUCUCCUACUUCUCCAAGCCCACCAAAUGGAAAAGUGGGCUUCAGUGCAGGCUUGAAUGGUGUCAGUGAGCGUCUUAUUUGCUCCAUCAACUCGGGAAGCUCAACUGUAGGAAGUGGAACACUGAUUUCCUCUCACGCACGAGGAUCUUCAAUUGACUCCACAACUAGUGAGGAUGGUUUCCCGGGCCACCUGUCCAAAGAGCAGUUUGGUUCCAUCACUUCACUUGCCUCAACAACAAGUCUGAUAUCCCAGCAGGAGCUUCAACAGUUGAUAGAUGAUGCAAACCAGACUCUUGAAGAGGCAAAUAGCAAUGGAACAAGUCACCCUGGCUCCUCUCAUGAAGUUCUUGUAGUGAUACUUCAUCGAGAAACAGCUGGGGCUAGUGUGGGUAUCACCCUGGCUGGUGGUGCAGACUACGAAACCAAGGAAAUAACUGUUCACAAGGUUCUCUCAGGAAGUCCAGCGGAAAGAGAUGGCCGCUUGCAAAAGGGAGACAGAAUUCUGUCAAUCAAUGGAAGAAAUAUGAAAGGAGUGACUCAUAGAGAAUCUCUAGCUAUUCUCAAGGCUCCUCGACCUGAAGUUGUACUUGUUGUAUCUCGGUCUCGAGGAGACACUGGACGCACUUAUGAGGAAUCAGCAAAUAAUAGCUCUCGAAUUAGUUCCAGACCACCUCGCAUAUUAGAACAACCAAUUAUUGAUCACAAUAAUAUUGCCAUUCCAAGGGGACCACCAGUAAAUAUUUUACUGCAGAAAGAUGGUGCAGGCCUUGGUUUCAGUCUUGAGGGAGGAAAAGACUCUCCUCUUGGGGACAGACCUCUAACAAUCAAAAAGAUAUUUACAGGUGGUUGUGCAGAAAAAAGUGGAAAUCUGCAAGCUGGGGAUGAACUCUUGAGUGUCAAUAAUACUGAUGUGACCAAGAUGUCUCGCAUUGAAGCAUGGGGUUUGAUGAAAAGACUUCCGAAUGGGGGGGUCACUCUGACUAUAAGACACGCUUGCGUGAAUGUAGGUACUUCAGAGGACUAAAUGGACACUGUGGCAGAACCAUAUACUAGAUCUAUGUACUUUUCUGUUGAAUUCAUGCUUUGAACUAACCAUAUGCUGAUGCCAUCAUUCACAGUGAGAGCUCAUCAGCCUACUGCAAUUAUGUUGUUUUCCAGGAUAAGAAAUUCAACAUUUGCCCUCUUGAACUGCACAAUUGUUUUUAACAAUAUCCUAUUUAUUAUUUGUAACUAGUUAAAAUUAAAUAAUUUUAUCACAUAAGCCAUAAUUGGUCUAUGUAAAUUUUUUUCCCAUUUAAAUUUUUAUUAUUUCACUGUUAGUUGUUGUUGUUUCUUUUUAAAAAUGUAGAAUAUUGAUGUGAAGCCUUUUGAAAUUUGGUUUGGGGGUGGACCCAAGAGUAUGUGUUUUGGCGCCAACUGUAGCGACCAUAUUAAACAUGUGUAUUUGAUGUAAAUUGUUCUCUUGUCAGAGAUUGCCCUGUGAUAAUGAAAAUGACUGAAAUGUGCAAGUUGAGUUUGGACCAGGUGUUAUAUGUUCAUCUCAGUUACUGAACCAUAUGACAACCUCAUUAUAAUUUAUCUUUUCUAAUAAUUGUUAUGAUGUGAUGGUUUGACUCUAGAGCAUUCUGCUUACAGUAGGUAAUUUUCCUAUACUCCCUAUGAAAGGUUUCUUUCUUAUUUCCGUUUAUUUUUUCCUCAAAACAUUUUAAGACUGCCAAGCAAAUUAGGCCAGAAGUAAACUUAGUUUUGUAAAGAAAAAUAAAGAGGGUGACAACCUUGUUGCCUCAACUUGUCUGAUUGUACUUGCUCCGUUUCAGACUCCGUAACAUAGCUUUAACCAUAAUUUAUGUCUUGUGUGGGGGGCUGCACCAGUGUACUGUAUAGAGAGAGCCAUGAAAGUUUGCUUGUCUUCAAACUUAAGGGUAUCAAAUUUCAGUGUAAUCUGGUAAAGUUGUUAAGUAAGUCCUUUGGCAGAUCAGAUUAGGUGUGAGCCAGCCUUGUAAAUACGGCCAAAUAUUGUGGAUAGUAAUUAAUACACUGUAACAUGUGUCUCGCAGAGGGUAGCCAGGUUGGCCAAAUAAAAAUGACCUUGCCCUGCCUCUAUUUCUGUUUUAUGAACUUGACUUUUUUGUCACAAUAAAAUGAUAUGCAAUCAUGAA